UUCCGGUGGCCAACUUCCGCCUUCCGGCCAGACAGUCCGAGCGUGCGAGUGGCCGGUUUUUCCAGCUGCAUGGCGGUGGCCAGCGCGGGGCCGGCUGAGCUGGGCUUCGUGGAAGCAGCGCCGGCGUGGCGGCUGCGCAGCGAGCAGUUCCCAAGCAAGGUGGGCGGGCGGCCGGCGUGGCUGGGCGCUGCCGGGCUGCCGGGGCCAGAGGAGCUGGCCUGCGCGCUGUGCGGCCGCCCGCUGGCCUUCUUACUGCAGCUCUACGCGCCGCUGCCCGACCGAGCCGACGCCUUCCACCGCUGCCUCUUCCUCUUCUGCUGCCGGGUGCCGCCGUGCUGCGCCGGUUUGCGCGUUUUUAGAAAUCAGCUACCCAGGAAAAAUGACUUUUACUCAUAUGAACCACCUUCUGAGAAUCCUCCUCCAGAGACAGGAGAGUCUGUGUGCCUCCAGCUCAAGUCUGGUGCUCAUCUCUGCAGAGUUUGUGGCUGUUUAGGCCCCAAAACAUGCUCCAGAUGUCACAAGGCACAUUACUGCAGUAAGGAGCAUCAGACUCUAGACUGGAGAUUGGGACAUAAGCAGGCUUGUACACAAUCAGAAUAUUUGGACAGAACAAUUCCAGACCACAACUUCCUUUUUCCAGAAUUUGAAAUUGUAAUAGAAACAGAAGAUGAGAUUACACCUGAAGUUGUUGAAAAAGAAAAUGAAUCGGAAAUUAUAGGAAGCAUGGGUGAAGUACCUGAGGAGGAAUUGGAUUCCAUGGCGAAACAUGAAUCCAGGGAAGAUAAAAUUUUCCAGAAGUUUAAAACUAAAAUAGCCCUUGAGCCAGAACAGGUUCUCAGAUAUGGCAGAGGGAUUGCACCCAUCUGGAUCUCUGGUGAAAAUAUCCCUCAAGAAAAGGAUAUUCCAGAUUGCCCCUGUGGUGCCAAGAGAAUAUUUGAAUUCCAGGUCAUGCCUCAGCUGCUCAACUACCUGAAGGCCGACACUCUGGGCAGGAGUGUCGACUGGGGUGUUGUGGCUGUCUUCACCUGUGCUGAAAGCUGCAGACGGGGGAUUGGCUACACAGAGGAAUUUGUCUGGAAGCAAGAUAUAACAGAUACACCCUAAAGACAACAUCAUAAAGCCUUACAAACGCUCAUACUGUCUUACGCCUUGCAAUUCCAUUACUAGGACUUUAUCCUAAGGAAAUAAUUAUACCAGAGACAAAGAUGUUGUUUUUAGUGAGUUUACAAUGUGUAAAUACUAGUGAAACAAAAAUGUCCAGUGACGAGUAAAUAAAUUUUGGUGUAUUCCUACAGCAGAAGGUAAUGCAGUCUUAAUGAUACAGACCUAUAUGCACAUCAAAUAAGAUCCAGGUUUAAAGGGACACCAAGAUAUUCAUAGUAUGUUCAUAUCCUUUAUAAAAGUAUUUUUAUAUGUUUAUGUUCACAGAAAUCUGGAAAGGUACAUACUUGGUGUGAACUAAUUAACUAUGAAUGGUAAGACUAAGUGAAGUGAUUGGUUUACCUGUGUUUGUUUCUUUCUACUUGAAUAAAAGUGGGUUAAUUGCCUAA